AUGGCGUCGGCAGCAGCGAGCUUCUGGCCGCCGGUAGCGGCCUCUUACGAUCCCAGCCCGGUGCUAAGAUCUUACAGACCUACCAGCCUCAGGCUCUCCCCUCCCACGCAAAUCAAGUCCUCGCCAAGGCCGCGCCGGCCCUCGGUCCUCGACAAACGGAAGGUAACGAUAAACAUCGGCGGUCGGCGGUACAUCACACGGAGGGGCUACCUGGACAAGUACCCGCAGACCCUCCUGGGCAGCUCGGAGAGGGAGUUCUUCUACGACAGUGAUGCCCAGGAGUACACCUUUGAAACAGCUGACCCCGACAUAUUCAGGUACAUCCUAAAUUUUUACCGAACAGACGUGCUGCACUUUCCCAAGGCAGCUUGUUGGACCACUUAUAAUGAAGAAAUGGAAUAUUUCGGAAUCAUUCCGGAGCUCUACAUGGGAGACUGCUGCUACGAGGACUACCGACACUGUAGCAUGCGCCACAACGAGGAGGAUUUCGUGCGGCGGAAGCUGUUGGACAGGGUCGGCGACAACCCACACCUGUCCGUCCGCCAGAGGAUGUGGAACGUGCUGCAGAACCGGAAGGGCUCGACCCUGGGGCCAGUGGUCAACUACGUGACGGGAUACUUUAUUGCCGUGUCCGUCAUCUCCAACAUCGUGGAGACGGUAAAGUGCGGGCCUCCCGACGGCCCGACAUGCGGCGAGAGGUACUCCUGGGCCUUCCGUUGUCUGGAUACGGUCUGCGUCGCACUCUUCACGAUUGAGUUUUUCGCCAGGUUCUUCUCCGCACCGGAUAGAAUGAAAUUUUUGAAGAGUUUUAUGACCAUUAUCGAUAUUCUGGCGAUCAUGCCGUUCUACUUGGGGUUCCUGAUCAAGCAGGAUAAGAUCAAGCGCGCCUUCAUGACGUUACGAGUGUGCCGGUCUUUCAGGAUACUCAGAUUUUCUGCCGCGUCCCCCGGAUUGAGAUGCCUACUCUACACCUUAAAGAAGUGCAUUGGUGAGAUGUUAUUUCUGCUACUCGCUGUGUUUAUGGUUGCCUUGAUAUUCGCUACUUUGUUGUACACUACGGAAAAACAAUCGAAUACGGCGUCGACAUUUUCGAGCGUCCCCGAAGCUUUCUGGUUCGUAAUCGUCACCAUGACGACCCUUGGAUACGGUGACAUGGUGCCGAGGACCAACAUGGGGAAAUUGGUAGCUGCUGCGUGCUCGGUGUGUGGGGUCAUCCUGAUGACAAUUCCCGUCACCAUCAUCGUGACAAGCUUCAGUCGGGUGUACAAAAAGAGUCAGAAGGCCAAGAAGCACGGUCGGCAAUACGAUGGGAAAGACAACGAUGACGACGACGACGAUGACGACGAGGGGAUAGGGUGA